CACUUUUGUAGACAAGGCGAGAACAAAGUCAAGAUGGGUAAGAAGCCGAGUCAGCUCGAAGCACGCCAGUCACCGAUGUCUGCAUUCUGUGUCAACCAACAGUGGCAUUAAUAGCGUUGGUCUAUAUUACUAUUACUAUAGUAUUACUUGCACGCCCGACUACUUGCCUUCAACGACUUGUGAAGUGUAGUGUGCGUGAAGUCGAAAAAUGGCCGAGGAGGAAUACGACGGUGACGACGUUGGCGGCGCCGACGACUUCGACGACGUCGAGGAGGACGAAAACCUCGACGAGAUCGACCAGAAUGACGAAGAGAACAUCGAGCUGCUCCAGGCCGCGGAUGGCCAACCGCAGCAGAACCAGAAGCGCAUCACCACCACAUACAUGACCAAGUACGAGAGAGCGCGAGUGUUGGGCACACGAGCGCUACAAAUUGCCAUGUGCGCGCCUGUCAUGGUGGAGCUGGAAGGCGAGACCGACCCUCUGCAGAUCGCUAUGAAGGAACUCAAGGCACGCAAAAUCCCCAUCAUCAUUCGCAGGUACCUGCCUGACGGCAGCUAUGAAGACUGGGGUAUCGAUGAACUCAUCAUCACUGAUUGAAGCUUGCGUCAUCACCGUUCUGACAAUAAAAGUGUAAAUAAGCCCGUAAUCGAAAUGAACUCAG